GCGGAGGACUGAACGUUUCUAGAGUGUGCAUGUGUUUGUGUGUCUAUUUUCACCUGCUGUGUUCCCACACACAAUUAUAUUGCCAGUAAAAACAGACACGCUCAGAAGUUUCUGUCACUCUUAGUUAUUCAUCCACCAACAUCAUGAUUGGAAGAGUUGUUUUUCUGGGACUACUGCUCGUCUGUGUGGCUGCAGAUGCUGAGGAGAACUCUGGACUCCUGAGAAAGCCUUCCUGUCCAGACAUGCAGGAGAUUAUGGCGUGCCCUCUGAACCUUGCUCCUGUGUGCGGCAGCGAUGGAAACACAUAUGCUAACGAGUGUACCCUGUGUGUCCAGAGGCAAACAACCAAGAUGGACAUUUUGAUUGCUAAAGAUGAGAGCUGCUGACCUGCGCAGGAUAUGAUGUCACCAUCAAGGGGACCCAUCAGGAUCUGAUUAUCGACCGAAAGUGGAUCUGUGAAAUUUCCUAAAUGU